AAAAGAGAACCAAUGAAUUAAGUUUCCAGUAAAAGGAAGCCCCAUACACAUCAGAAGCUAAAAGGUGAGUGUGAAUAAAAAUGCUUUUAUGGUCAUAUAAUGGUGAUGGCAAAAUAUCAGUAGAAGUAUUGCAUAACUCCUUUGCAGCUGCAAAAUCAGGUCAUUCAGAACACAUCUCAUGGUAUUGACGUCACAGCCACGAGAAAUUAACAUAAGAUCGCCCACAUUUAUGGCCCGCCCAGCUGAGAAACUAUAGGAGGUUAAUAUUAUUUUUAAUGAUCAGAAGCAGAGCACAGGGUUAUUUUAUUCUGUAUCUAGAUGUGGGGGAAAUCUAUCAAACGCUGUGCUGUUCCUGGCUGUAGGAUCGAGCCCGUGUCUCUGCACAGCCUCCCAAAGGAUCCCAGCAUCAGAAACGACUGGCUGAAGUUUCUCUUUACCGACGUCCCUGAUCGUUUCAGUCCGACCCUAACCAUCUGUUCAGCGCAUUUCAGCACGGACUCAUUUGUGAACCUAUCACAGUUUAAUGCAGGCUAUGCAAGUAAACUCUUACUGAAGGAAGGAAGAGUGCCGACUGUUUUUGUCUCGACACCAAACCCGCAUUCCUGUCAGACGAGUCCGAAGAAAUCCAGUGCAGCCACCUCUGAGCCUGUUGAGGAGAUGCCAUCCAUACAAAUCAAGCCGGAGCCAGAGGAGGUGGAGUGUAUGGUGAAAGAAGAGCCCUUAGACGAAUAUCCUGAGCCUACAAACCUCAAAAUCGAAUCCUCGCCCCCUCCGCUCCAUGACAUCAGCACACAACACAACACUGAUGACCAGACGGAACCCGUGGACCUCUCGCUUAACAAGCCCCGCCCUUUCCUUCCAGUAGCCACGGCAACCUCCUCCCCUGCAAACCCGCCUCCUCACAACAUCACGGCGAGCGCCACCAUCCCGGCGGUGCUGUCGCCGGGCUCCAUCCUGGCGUCCACGCAAGGGGUCGGAGGUCAGCAGAUCCUGCAUGUCAUCCACACCAUACCCUCUGUGAACAUGCCCAGUAAAAUGGGGCAGCUGCAGACCAUCCCUGUGGUGGUGCAGUCCUUACCGGUGGUCUACACAACCAUACCCACAGACGGAGUGGCUACCGCCGCCAUUACAGUGCCUCUCAUCGGAAGCGACGGGCGGUCGGAGGGAUCAGUGCGUAUAAAGCCAGGCUCAACCUCUCCAGUUGAGUAUCAGUCUGAAAGUGAUGCUGAAAGCGGCACAGAGUCUGGAUCGGCCUCUUUCAGCACUAAAGGGAUGGAACCCAGUAUGAAUACAGAUGUGGACAUCCAAGUUGACCCUGACUCACCAGACAUGAAGAGAAGGCGUGUACACAUGUGCGAUUAUGACGGCUGCAACAAAGUUUACACCAAGAGCUCGCAUCUGAAAGCCCAUCGCAGAAUACACACAGGUGAAAAGCCAUACCAGUGCACAUGGGAGGGCUGUACCUGGCGCUUUGCCCGCUCGGACGAGCUGACGAGGCACUUUCGCAAGCACACCGGCAUUAAACCUUUUCGCUGCACUGACUGCGAUCGCAGCUUCUCCCGCUCUGACCACCUGGCACUUCAUCGACGGCGCCACGUCAUGAUGUGAAACUCUUUGUGCCCCUUCCUCCCCAGCCAUCACAACUCUGACUGCUCUUUAGGAGACAGGCACGCUCAUCCAGGGGUUUCAAAUGCUAUUGACGUCACCUCCUCAAUCUCCAGAUGUGAACAGUUGUGUUAAAUAUGGAGGUAUAAGGGGUGGCACAACCAUAUUGGUUACCCCUACUGGUUAGAACAUGGCUGCAGUUUUCUGCCAUUCCUCCAGAAGCCACAAACCACCCGUCCACUGGUGACGUCCACCACCAUCUCAAUGCCUGAUCAUUUGCCAUUACUUGAAGGGACUACAAGAAAGGCAAACUGCACGAAGCACUGCUAUAACUAUAAAAGAGAAUGAUGACUGGGGAAGGUACCCCUUAUUGAGAUGAUUCUUUAAAAACAAGUACAAAAAAAUGAGAAAGUAAAGGAUUUUAUGCAAGAUGGAUGCAAGUUUGUGAGGAAAAAGUAGAAUUAUGUAAUAAAUUUGACCAUUUUAAUGAGAUGGGUGGGUUGGAGAUGCCUCAACAGCUGCCUUGUUGAAUUCUUACAUUUUAUCCAAACUUUUUGUUGUACUAAAUUUGUGUACUCAUGCUCUACAUUCAUUUUAGAGUCUGUACGUUUCUGUGUGGAUGGAAAUAGAGCUUUUGUAAAGGAAGCUGAAGAUGCCCUCUUUUAGUGUUUUUUUUUAUUUUUAUUUUUUUGAACAAAUCAGUUAGGUGUUUUUUCUGAUAUCUAUCCUAACCCAAAUGAGAAGUAGAUGCAUGGGGGCUGACAAGACUGUGAAUUUUAGUACAUUUUUUCUUGAUUAGUAUCUGUUGUCUAAUAAUCUACCCAAAAAUAGUUUGGCGCAAAAAACAGUAUUUGCUUUUUUUUUUUAAAGAUAUUUUCAUUGUAAUUAAUGACUUCUAACAGAAUUAACACCCAUCAAAAGGUGUUCUUUAUCUUUGUCUAACCUUCAGAUAUUAUUUCAUAAGGCUGUGAAAAAAGUUUGAAAAAGAGAAACGACUCUAAAUUGGGAUUUGUGUGUGUGUGUGUUUGUGUGUGUAUGUGUGUGUAUCUGUGUAUAAGCACACUUGUUUGCAUAUUUGUAAAGAAAAAAUAAUUAGAGAUAUAAUAGUAGAGAUGUCUAGAUGCAUUCUUACUUUUAGCCAAACAGAGCCUUAAUUGAAGUAAAUGUGCAAAUCUGAUUUGCGCAGAAGGUUUUCGGAGGUCCUCAGGGUUCGGUACUAGGACCCCUAUUUUUCUGAGGCACCCUGAAAAUCCCAAUUUGCACCUAGUUCACAGUGACGAAACAUGUCUUAACAGCUCCUGCCCUGAUAUCCAUGUUAUGCAAAAAUACCCCCAAAAUGUCUACAUACUCCGCAAAAUGCUGUUGAUGUUACUUGACGUUAAUGUCAAGACAAUUUUGGGCACAGUCCAUUUAAAUUUUUGAGAAGGGGGUACCUUUGACACAUUUGCUUCCCUCUAGCUAGCACUCAUAGACAUGGUCAUGGUCAUAAUUUCAAUUGCUAGCAGCUGAUUAAGUGCACAUUAAGACUUUUUUCAGAAGCAACGCUUUAUUCCAGCCUUUAAGAGUUAAAUGCAUGUCUGCAGCAGCUGCACGACCUUCAGAGAGCAAUGCAUUUGUAGAUUUUGUAUUUUUCUCUCGCUUCAACCCGAGACGUUACUAAGCACAUCUUUCUAGAAGAGUAUAUGCAUUUGAUUGCGAUCCUUUCUUUAAAAAAAAAAACUGUCCAUAGACAUACAGACAAUGAAUAAUUAAAUAGUUAAUGUACAUAAUGUAUAUAAUCUACAAAGUUCUUGAAUAAAUGUAACGGGUGGAUUUCUAUUUUUAACACUGACUAGAUAAUGUGAAAUACUCGGUUUCGUUUUUUUUUUUUUUUUUUUUGAAAUGUAAUUUUUUUUUAUCCCUUGAAAUGAGUCCCUUUUGUGUUGUACACCCCAAAAGUGUUGCAUGGAGAAUAUAUAUAUAUAUAAUUUUUUUUUUUUUUUGGUGAAGUUGUUGAGCAUGUCAAAACAUUGUUGCCCUAAAAGAUGUGGCCUAUAAGCAAUGAUAAUCGACAUGAAAUCCACAAAAUGUGUGCAACCACAGCCAUUUGUAACACAUGCAUGGCCUAUUUCUAAUUACUACAAGACAUGCUGGUAAAACCUUCAUAUCAUCCUAAAUUGGCAUUCUAUUCCAUGUAGGCAUAACAUUAGGAGUUGGCCCCUUAUCAAUGUUUAAGUGCCCAUGACUGAAAUUUGUGACGUUCUUGUCUAUCUGAGCACAUUUGCAUUCAUUACUUGUAUCUGAUUUGUUUAAAAUAGUGUGCUACCUUUUGCUCCAAUUAUGAAAGGGUUUGGGUUUUGUGUGAGUGUAUGUGUGCAAGUUUGAUUAUCACUUUCACAAUCAUAGGUAUUUUAUAUUGAAUGCAGUAACUUAUGGGCCAGUACUAUAUUACACAGUGCAAUGCAGUUAUCAUUAUAACAAAACAAUUAAUUAAUGUUAUUUCUUUUGUAUUUGUACAGAACAAAUGUGUAAAGAUCAGAGAGGAAAAUGCUAGCUUUUUGAUACUGUGAGAAAUGGUGUUAAAAGUAAGUUUCCCCUGUACAGUUGUGAUUACCCACUCCUUUUAUAGAAUAAAAUGUUUUUAGUGCAACAA